UAAAAAUUUAGUGAACCAUCAAUUAAUGAGGGCGAAUAUACUCUGAAGGAGGUUUUGUACGAAAUCUAUAGGCAAGAAUGUUCUUAACGAUUUUGAUUUCAGUGAUGUCCAUUUUUCAAAAAACAUGAUGAAGCUGGUAACUCAAGAACCAAUGCCUAGUCUGGAAGAAGUACGGAAGCAAAAUAAUUCAACUCUUGAGGGAUUAAAGAAGAAGGCAGCUUUUGACUUAGACCCUUUUAGCAUCAUUGAUGAUGACUUAAAAUUUAUCAACAAUAUCAUUUUUGAUAACAUUAUUGAUACUAAGUAUUCCUUGCUUAAAGAAGUAGCUGAGUACAACUUGAAGCUCAAGGGCAAGAAUUUUAGGUCAUGUAUUAUUAUGCUGCUUUCAAGAGCUUUCUAUUCAAAAUAUGCAAGAGAUGGCAAGAAGUUUGAGGACACAGACCUGUACUAUACAUCUGCUCUUCUAUCAGCUUGUGUUGAGAUCUGCCAUAACGCUACUCUUUUACAAGAUGAUAUUAUCGACCAAGCUGAAACCAGAAGAUCUAAAUUAGCAGCAUAUAAAGUGUAUGGGAGAUCCAAUUCCGUGUUUGCAAGUAACUUCUUGAUUUCAAGAGCUUCACAGAUGCUGGCCAAACUUGAGAAGCCUUACUUAUCUCAAAUAUUUUCAACGAUGAUCUACAACUUGGUCUUUGGGGAGUUGAUUCAGGCAAGGAAUUACUCUGAGAAUGAUUCCUUAGAAGAAUCAGUUAGGAGCUAUAUUUCAAAAACUUACUAUAAAACAGCUUCCUUAAUGUCAUUGGCUUGUCGAGGAGUUGGAGUUAUAUAUAAUUUCUCAGAGGAAAAACAAAGGAACGCCUUUGAUUUUGGAGCCCAUUUCGGGAUAGCUUUCCAGAUAGCUGAUGAUAUACUGGAUUUCACACAGAGCUCAGAAGCUUUGGGAAAGCCCGCCUUUAAUGAUCUCAAAUCAGGUCUUGUGACCGCUCCAACAAUUUUUGCUUUUUCUGAGAGCAAAUCGAAAGAUUUAGAAACAAUGAUCCAGAGAAAUUUUGAAAAUGAAGGAGAUGUGGAUAAGGCUUUAAGUAUUAUAGAUAGCACAGCAGGAAUUGAUAGAGCAGAAAUGCUUGCACUCAAUCAUGUAGGGGAGUCCAUUGCUGCACUUGCAUGAUUAGAUGAAAUAGAUAUUGGGAAUGAUGCAUAUCAAGGCUUAGUAAAGCUCACACUUAAGGUGAAAACGAGAAAAUAUUAGAGAGUAGUUGAUUUAUUCCUGGUCAAUAUAUAAAA